GGCCAACUGUCAAAUUUUCUCCUCCUCGUAGACUACAUUUCAAUUCUCGCUGAUCAUGACUGGAUCCGCAUCAUUCCGCCCCGUAUAUGUUUCCCUCAAGUUUCCGUGAGUUCUGUGACGUGUACAACAGAUCGCUUCGUUUCUCUUUCUCAUCAUGGCCCACGCCCAGGUCAGCAACAACGUUACCAUCGGCAUACUAGCUCUUCAAGGAGCCUUCGCAGAGCAUCAAGUCGCCCUUCAGAAGCUCUCAUGUCAGAAGAAAAUCGCGGUUAUUCUUGUGCGGACCGCAGGAGAUCUUUCAGCAUGUGAUGCUCUGAUUAUCCCCGGAGGGGAGUCCACCACUAUCGCACUGCUCGCUAAGCUCGCUGGGCUUUUAGAACCUCUACGGGCGUUCUUGCAGAACAAACCUGUGUGGGGAACCUGUGCCGGGGCAAUUCUUCUUGCACAGGCAGUUGAGAACACCAAAAAAGGUGGUCAGGAACUUCUCGGCGGAAUAUCAGUCACCGUCGCUCGAAAUGGUUGGGGUUCACAGAUCGAGUCUUUUGAGGCACCUCUUUCAAUAGACGGUCUGCGGGAUCCAACCACUCCGUUUAUGGGUGUAUUCAUUCGUGCUCCUGUUGUCUUAGCCUUACAUCCAUCCACCGAGAACCCACCAAUAGAAAUCAUCGCUCGCUUACCGCUUAACGUUGUGCCAAAUGCACAGAAGCUGAUGGUACACGAUGAAGGCGACUCUGAUCCACGCAAUUCACAGAGUAUCGUCGCAUUAAGGCAGGGACGACACAUGCUCACUACAUUUCACCCGGAGCUCACAAAAGACAAUCGUUUUCACGAGUAUUUUGUGCGGAUUUGUGUUUUGCCUACUCUCCUGUGAAGUGAGGCAAUAUGACACUUUGGGCCAUGUAAUAGACUGAGCCUCAUAGAAGGUUUUACAUUGGUGGUUCUCGCGACUUCUUUUUUUUGUUUUGUUUUGAAAUCCAAUUUUUUGUCUUGGGGCAGCGCCCGAUGUAGACAAUACAUGCAAUAUACUACUGCGACUA